GAUUUGGGUAAAGUGCAGGAUGGAAGGUGUAAUUUACCUGUAUUUAUUUUGCGGCAUUUGAAUGAAGCGUCUAGGGUUAGGGCUUUUAUUUCAGCAUCCGUCACUCCGACGUUGAAGCAGCAGCAGCAGCAGCAGCAGCGGGAGGAGGAGAAGAAGAUGAUAGAGGUGGUGUUGAACGACCGACUGGGGAAGAAGGUGAGGGUGAAGUGCAACGAAGACGACACCAUCGGAGACCUCAAGAAGCUCGUGGCCGCUCAGACCGGCACUCGUGCUGACAAGAUCAGGAUCCAGAAAUGGUACAACGUCUACAAGGACCAUAUUACUCUCAAGGACUACGAGAUUCACGACGGCAUGGGCCUCGAACUCUACUACAACUAGGUGCUAGGGAAGACAAUGAGCCAGACUUGAACCCCUAAUGUUGGUUAAGGAACCAAUCAAUAUCACUCUGCCUAAUAGGCUUGUGAUAAAUGUUUUCAUUCAAACUCGUGUGAUGAAUUUGUAAAAUUUGGUGAACAGAAGAACUUCAAUUGUAAAAUUUGCAUUUUAUUUUGAGAGAUCAGUUGGCAUUCAAGAUUGAAAAUAUCAGACUUGGAAACUUAUCACAUGCACUUUCUUUUCUUUUUUCUUUUUUCUUUUUCCUUUUCAGGCCUGGUAAGUGUAUGGUAAGCAGCCAUAUGACAGGGUUAAGGUUCUGCUCAAUGAAGAUGAGUGCCAUGAUUAGCAUUCUCUUUUAUGUGGUUGAUGUAAUGGCUUCUACAGACAAAUACUGUCAUCUUUUAUGUGGUUGAUGUAAUGGCUUCUACAAACAAAUACUGUCAUCAUAUAUAAAAUCAGUACAUAAAGUGUUGUUAACUUGA